CCGUCUCACUGCAUCGCUUUGCCGCGUGCUCAUUUGCUGCCGCCCGAAUCACGCCGCGGACUGACGAGAAAGCAGACAGCAGCCUCGCGCCGCGACACCGAAGUUCUCGAGCUACCUAGCAACUCUCUCGCUGAGUGUGAGGCAAAGCACUCUGUGUGUGGUGCCGUGAAACGCCAGCGCGCAAGCGUGCGGACAGCAGAAAAGACAGCAAGCACCAUGGAAGCGCCGCCGCCGCCGCAGGAGGCGCCGCCGCCGCCCGAGCCGACCGGCCGCCAGUCCGACGAUUCGGAUGUGGAAAUGGACGGCGUCGAGUACGACCCGAACGAGGAGCAGGCUGCUGAUGACGACGAGGAGUUCGUGCCCGAGACGACCGGCAUGGCCACCCGAAAUGAGGCGACGAAGGCGCCGGUCGCGCCGGUCAUAAGACGCGUCCCCUCGCACGUCGAGCCCGAGAUCGCCGAAGCUAGACGCACGCAGAAGGAAAGACUGGCCAAGCUCAAGGAGUUUGGCUCCGUCGACGGCGGCUCCGGCGACCAGCGCGAAAAGCGCCUCAACUACCUCAUGGCCCAGUCCGAGGUCUUCUCCCACUUCAUGGAGGAGAAUUCGGACCUGAACCUGGGCAAGAAGAAGAGCAAGACGGGCCGCACGCGCAUGACCGAGGCGGCGGAAGAUGCGCGCUUGAUGAAAGAUGCCCAGUCGCAGCUCCAGGUGCACCGCGUGACGCGGCAGCCCUCGACGAUCACGGCGACCAUGCGGCCCUACCAGGUUGAAGGUUUGAAUUGGUUGGUCAAGUUGCAUGAUAACGGCAUCAACGGCAUCUUGGCGGACGAGAUGGGCCUCGGCAAGACCCUCCAGUCCAUCUCCUUACUAGCCUACCUCGCGGAAACAAAAAACAUCCACGGCCCCCACAUCUGCAUCGUGCCGAAAAGUGUGGUCAACAACUGGAUGCGCGAGAUGCGCAAGUGGUGCCCUACCAUGAGGCCUGUUAAAUUAUUAGGGGACAAGCACGAGCGCGCGCGGUGCAUCCGGGAAGACUUGCGGGACCCCGAGAGCUUCGACGUGUGCGUGACGUCGUACGAGGGCGUCCUUAAGGAGAAGGGAGCUUUAUGUAAGAUCAACUGGAGCUAUUUGCUCAUUGACGAGGCGCACCGCAUCAAGAACCCGAACUCGUCGUUAUCUCGUAUCGUUAGGACGAUCCCGACGCAGUUCCGACUGUUGAUCACGGGCACGCCGCUCCAGAACAACCUGAACGAGUUGUGGGCUCUGCUGAACUUCUUGCUGCCAGACAUCUUUUCGUCAGAAGCGGACUUCGAGACCUGGUUCAGUUUAGGUGGAGACAGCGGCGCGAAGGACAACGUCGUUAAGAAGUUACACACUGUUUUGAGACCGUUCAUGUUGCGGCGCAUCAAGCGCGACGUGGAAGCCGACCUACCGCCGAAACGAGAAAUUAAAUUAUACAUCGGCCUCACGGAGAUGCAGCGGCUCUGGUACACGAAGAUCCUGAGCAAGGACGCGCACACGUUAAACGCGCUCGGCGGGCCGGACCGCGUGCGGUUGCUGAACAUCCUCAUGCAACUGAGGAAGGUCUGCAACCACCCCUACCUGUUUGAGGGCGCCGAGCCGGGGCCGCCGUUUUUGGACGGGCCUCAUCUCUGGGAGAACACGGGCAAAUUAGUGCUACUGUCGAAGUUGCUGCCGAAGCUCCAGGCGCAGCAGUCGCGCGUAUUGAUCUUCUCGCAGAUGACGCGCAUGCUCGAUAUAUUGGAGGAUUUCAUGCGGCUGAAGCGCUACGCGUACUGUAGAAUCGAUGGGUCGACGUCGGGCGACGACCGCGACCUGCAGAUGGACACGUUCAACGCGCCGAACUCGCCCAAAUUUGCGUUCUUGUUGUCGACGCGAGCGGGCGGCCUCGGUAUUAACUUAGCGACGGCGGACAUCGUCGUCUUGUACGACUCGGACUGGAACCCGCAGGUCGAUCUCCAGGCGAUGGACCGCGCGCACCGCAUCGGCCAGACGAAGCCCGUGACGGUCUUUCGGUUCGUGACGGAGGGCACGGUCGAGGAGAAGAUUGUAGAAAGAGCUGAUAGGAAGCUGUUCCUAGACGCGGCCGUCAUCCAGCAGGGGCGGUUGGCCGAGCAGAACACUAGUGUCAAUAAACAGGACCUCAUGGCCAUGGUGCGCUUCGGCGCCGACGAGAUCUUCGCGUCCAAGUCCAAGCAGCUCACGGACGAGGACAUUGACGUGUUACUCAAGCGCGGCGAGGAACGGACCGCGGAGCAGAACAAGAAGAUCGAGACGGACGCGCAGCACAACCUGGCGAACUUCUCGCUCACGACGCAAGACGCGGCUCCUGGUUCCUUGUUCGAGUUCGAGGGCGCCAAUUAUCGGGGAGCCAAGGGCGCCGGGUUACUCAUCAACCUGCCGACGCGCGAGCGCAAGCGCAACUAUGAUGUGGACGAGUACUUCCGCGACACGCUCAACGACGGCUCGAAGAAGCGCAAGGAGCCGCGGGAGAAGAAGCGCAAAGGACCGGCGAUGCAUGAUUUCCAGUUCUUUAACAGAGAAGAGCUCGGAGAACUGGUCCAGGAGGAGGAGCGCCUCGAGCAGCGCCGCAAGGACGCGCAGUCGCUGGCGCGCGAGCUCAAGCAGAAGGGCAAGAAGGCGCAAGACGAGGCCAAUGCCAAAGCGAAAGCUGCGGGCCAAGAACCGAGUCCGUGCGCUGAGGCUGAGGCCCACCUCCAGCAGUCGCGCGAGGUCGCCAAGGAGCUCGAGAAGGGCUCUUCAUAUGAAUUGACGGGCGCGAAGCUCGAGAAGAAGGAGCAGCUGCUGCGGGAGGGCUUUGUCGACUGGUCCGCGACUCGGCGUGGAGAUGUAUAUAUAUAUAUAUGUUGACUUUCAACGUGACGUGGUCGUCGCGACGGCAUCGAUGCGAUGCCGCGUCGCCUCGACGCCGUCGACGCGGCCGCAUGAGAGUCUACGGGUCGCGCGAGGGAGCCGCGGCCGUUUCGCGACGGCGUCCGUUCCACACAGGACUAGGAAGGACUUCCGGUCGUUCCUGAACGCCAUGGAGCGGCGCGGGCGCGACGAGGUCGACGUCAUCGCGCGCGAGACGUCGAACGAGACGGGGAAGACUGAAGAGGAGGUGCGGCGCUAUCACAAAGUCUUCUGGGAGCGGCACAAGGAGCUCGCCGACUGGGAGCGCGUCAUAGAUAAGAUCGAGAAGGGCGAGAAGCGCCUGCAGCGGUCGAAGGAGAUUAGGGAAGCUUUGGCUGAGAAGAUUGCCCGGUCGCCGAAACCCCACGAGUGCCUGCCGCUGAACUACGGCGCCUCCAGAGGCAAGGUCUGGACCGAGGAGGAAGACGCAUUUUUGCUCAAUAUGAUGCACACCUACGGGUACGGGAACUGGGAGAGAAUUAGGGUCGAGAUCCGCAACGCGUGGCAGUUCAACUUCGACUGGUUUUUCAAGUCGAGAAACGCGUCGGAGCUCGGACGGCGCGCCGAUUUGCUGAUCAAGCUCGUCGAGAAGGAGAACAGCGACCUCGACGGCCGCUCGCGGCCCAAGUCUUCUCCUAGAGCGAGCGUGACUGCCUCAGAGAAACCGAAGAAGUCGCGGUCGCGCAAGCGCUCCGCGCCGACUACUGAAGACGCCGACGCCAAGCGCAUGAAGGCCGUGGAGUCGCCGGCGUCGAUGGAGGCGUAGUAGAGUUCCGCCCGUUCCCCAUUAAGUUGAUACAUACUAGAC